AUGUACACGUCGCUCAAAGCCAUAUCCCGCGCUACACUCCUCCAUCUCAGUCUGAACCCUCUUUUCUCAACCGGAGUCCGCGCCGCAACCACAACAUCACCAAACCUCCGCUCAUACUCAGCAUUAUAUCCCACCUGCCCAUCCGGCAACCUCUACCAUCCUACGCAUUUGAGCUCAAUCCACAUUCGUAACCAAGAACAUACCUACUCUACAUCCGCGACCAUGUCCGCCGACCCUGCCUCUCCCUCCAACGAGAGCCAGUCGCAACACCAACGUCAGCAAGAAGAAGAGCAGGAGCAGGAGCAGGAACAAAACAAACCUAUCCUUGCGCUGCCAGAGGCUCCCUCCGCAGAAUCGCAAGCCACGCAGAUCGACGUUAGUGGUGGGGGGUCGACGGUGAAGCUCGACGCUCUGGGUCCACUGGUGGUCAACCAGGACGGGUCGCUGUCGCGGAUCGCCAACUGGGAGCAGAUGACUGAAAUCGAGAGGCGGAAUACACUGCGCGUCCUCGGCAAGCGGAAUAAAUUAAGGUUAAAUGCGUUGAAGGGGGCAGAGGGUGAGAAGGAGGAGGGCAAAUGA